AAUCCCAGAAACCAUAAAACCACGCCGCCCUCGGUCCUGGUGCAAACAACAUCCCCUAUCCGCCACAAUUACACUCAACAACCCUUCUCACCAUGUCGUUCUCGAAUUUGGUUUCUGAUAUCGCCUUUCGAGACUCCAACCCGGACGAUCGUGCCUCGCAGAUCUCGCAUGCUCAAUCUCGCACUGCCCGAUCCUAUACCAGCACCACCGCGACCAGUGUCAGCAUCUCCGGGGAUAUUUCUAGCCAGCUCCAUGCCGGAUACAGCCACCCCCUGAGCAGAUCAUGGCAGGCAGAGAGGCAACUGACUAAGGAUAUGCUCAUCUACCCGCUUUUUAUCACGGAUAACCCCGACGAAGAAACACCCAUCCCAUCUCUACCAAAUCAGUACCGUCGUGGCGUCAAUCGCCUUGUGCCGUUCCUGGCCCCGCUGGUCCGGAAGGGAUUGCGCUCCGUGAUUCUCUUUGGAGUCCCGCUCCAUCCCUCGGCCAAGGAUGCCCUAGGAACUGCAGCCGACGACCCAGCGGGCCCAGUCAUUCAGGCCAUUCGUCUUCUCCGAUCUCGUUUCCCUCAGCUCUAUAUUACAACCGACGUCUGCCUCUGUGAGUAUACAUCACAUGGGCACUGUGGUAUUCUCCGGGAAGAUGGAACCCUCGAUAAUGAACAAUCGGUGGAUCGGAUUUCCGACGUGGCGCUAGCUUAUGCGGUGGCCGGCGCUCACUGUGUUGCGCCGUCGGAUAUGAACGAUGGACGAGUCCGCGCUAUCAAGCUCAAACUGAUUGAAGCUGGAAUCGCCCAUCGCGUGCUGCUGAUGUCUUAUAGCGCUAAAUUCAGCGGCUGCCUGUACGGACCCUUCCGUGACGCAGCUGGCUCAUGUCCAUCAUUUGGAGACCGUCGUUGCUAUCAACUUCCCCCCGGAGGCCGUGGUCUCGCCCGGCGUGCGAUCCAAAGAGACAUUGCCGAGGGUGCUGAUAUCAUUAUGGUUAAGCCUGCAAGUAGCUACCUAGACAUUAUCCGUGAUGCCAAGGAGCUAGCGCAGGACAUGCCAGUUGCAGCAUACCAAGUCAGCGGCGAAUUUGCAAUGAUUCACGCUGGUGCUAAGGCCGGCGUGUUUGACUUGAAAGCGAUGGCUUUCGAGAGCACGGAGGGAAUCCUACGAGCUGGUGCAGGAAUUGUGUUGACCUAUUUUGCCCCAGAAUUCCUGGACUGGCUGUGAACAUAUUCAUAAAAGAGAGGGGGUGAGGAGGGAGAAAAAGCCAUCGCUGUCCGGCAUUAUUCUGUAGUAUAUCAUUUCAUGUCCGAAGAGUGGAGGGAGCACUUUGAAGAGCUUCGACAUCAAUUACUCCACUCAAGCAAAAAGAUACCCACAAUUCGACCAAAUCAAAUCUUUCGCAUUUUCGUCUGCAUUCGAGUUUCGUCUCGUACUAAAAUGUGGUCACCACACCUCAAGCUUCUUCAGAAGCCCUGUCUUUCUCCUCCUCUCCAUCCGAAUCAGCCGCGUCUCUACUAGUGUCUAUAAUCGGAAGGGUACUGCAGCGAAUCCAUAUGCCUGCCAAGAAUCAUGCCUGGAG